AUAUAGAACUUGCAACAAAACCUAGAAGAUCUAUCUUUCUAUCUAACUCUUCAAACUAGGUUUUAUCAUGUCGACUACAACUUUUUCUCCCACUAUUCAAGAUUUUCUUGGAAACUUUUACUCAAGAAGGAUGCUGCUUCACACAGCUUAUCAACCACCUACCAUGGCAUCUCCUCCAUUUGCAGAGGCUCAGGAAGCAUCACACUCUUAUGCACACCAUAUGAGCUUUGAUGCAAAUGUUGUCAUGGUCCUAUCAGUCCUCUUAUGCGCACUAGUUUGCUCACUUGGACUGCAUUCUAUCAUUAGAUGUAUGUUGAGGUACUCCAAUUUGUUAUCAUCAGAAGCUAGUGACGAGCUUGCGGUUCGCUUGGCCAACACAGGGGUCAAACGAAAAGCCUUGAAGAGUUUCCAGACGGGACUGUCUCAUUCAGAGUUGCCAGAAGAUAGCUGGAUGCAGUGAGAGGACCUCAUCAUCUAAUCAACCACCACAGGACAGCUAUAGGAUGCAAAUAGCACCGCUAGGACCGGAAA